UAUUGUCGUUAGGUUAUUCGAUUAUUGAUGUCGCAUCUAUAAUUAUAUAUUGAUCUUUAUAAUUUAACAUAAUCUAUCUACGUAGACGGUUUAAAAUAUAUACAUCAUUUCAAUCUAUUAAUUUGUGAGUAAAGCAUUUAAAUAAAUACAGCAUGAAGGACAUAUUGGGAUAAAAUCAACUUUAAAAAAAAAUGAAAUCUUCAGGAUAGUUUGCUCGCAUAAGGAACAACAUGAAUUUAUUUGGAACAGCUACAGUAUGGGCAAAGAUAGCGCUUGUGUUGAUAGUUAUCGCCUUUGCUCUGCAAAUUGCUGGCUUUGCAACAGAUUACUGGCAACAAACAGAAACUAUACAAGAAAAUGUUGUGUACGAUAUUGGACUUUGGAAUGCACAGAACUGCUCAGGAGGCCAUGACUCAGCUUGUGAUAAAGUUUCUAUUCCAGAUUCCUAUAUCAACGCCUCUUUCAACGUGGUGAGAGGAUUUGAGUGUACAAUUUUGAUAUUGGUGUCAAUCGCAAUGGUGGUGGCUGCUCUCUAUGUGGCAACGGAGAGAUUCCGUGAAAUGUCUAUUGCAGUAUGCGUUGCAGUCGUGUCUUUUCUGGCGGUUACAUUCGGUGUAAUAGCAAUGAUAGUUUGGCUCGCCCAGGUUCCCUCAAACCAUUAUCUUGGGUAUUCCUUUGGACUCUGUGUUCUUGCUUUCGUCCUGAUGUUUUUGGCGGGAGUUUUAAUGAUACCGGAUAUAAGAAAUUACCAGCAACGCCGCGGUCGCGAGGCACUGAAAGUUAAACCGGAAAUCAGACCCACAGCCGUUUACAGACCGUCGAAAUACGACGAAGUUCGGAACCAUGAUUAUUCCUACAACAGAAGAUUCACUCCAGCUACACCAGUGACACCACAGGAGAAAAUACGACACUAUUAUAAUCCUAACAGAGAUGUGUAUAUACGAAGCCCUCCGCCAUCCUAUAGAACAUCAGGAACGCCCGACUACAAAUCAACAUCAAUUCGUACAGAUGUCCAAACACCAGACGUAUAUCUCGGAAGAGAUGGUAGAAAACAUAGACGAUACUAACUAUGUACAAUAUUGUUAUUUAUUUAUUCAUUUCUAUCUCCCUUUUCAAUUGGGGUGAAAUUCUGUUUGUAAUUUUCAACCUGUUAUUCAUGUCUUUUGUAAGUUGUCCAGUCAUUUUGUCUUCCAUUCUUUGAAAAUGCAUAUUAGUAUUGUUUAUAUUGAAUUAUAUAAUGCUUACGUCACUAUAUGUCUGACUGAAUAUUUAAAGCUAUGGUUUACGUUUUCAUUUUCCUCAGUAAAGAGAAAGACUGCAAGGAGUCGGUUAUAAUUUGUAUACUGCUACAGUCAUUACAUAUACUUUUAUUUACAAUAUACACAUUGUAUUACCAAUGUAUUACUCAUGAACACAUUCUGGCGGCUUUCUACCUGUCUGUUCUAUUCAUGUGGUUUGCAUAAAGUUUCAUACAGAUUUUUAUGCCCGUUUCACAUAUUUUGUGCUUGUUAGAUACUUUAGAAAAGAUCUUUUAUUUUGUUUAGAACGACUAUCAUUUACAUGAAAAAUGACAGAAAAAUCUCUCCACUUUAUUCUGCUAAAUAGACACACGUUAAUCAUGUGACAUUUGUUAUCAUCAUAGCUUAGAAUAUCCCUACAACUUGAAGCAUCACCUGACACAAUUUUAUGAUUACAUAAAAGAAGUUGUUUGGAUAAAACCACAUAACAUGUACAUGUGUACGCCCUUUAUUAGACACUGAUAUUUCGAUGGUCAGUUAAUUAUAUUCACAGAAAAGAGCCACCACAGAAAUAAUCUCAUAGUACAGGUAUUAUUUCAAAAUAAACUUGAAAACCAAUGAUGGACAUCGACUAUUGGUAUCUUAGAAAAACCUCAGACAUUGCAAGGCAAAAGAUCAAGGGCCAUAUUCAACAAUGUCCCCAGAGUAAAUAAUCUUUGCAAUCUAUGAUUGUUAACCUAGUGUGAAAAUGUUCAAAAAUGCGGCUCUUACAAUUUCAGACAAUUAAGAAGCAUUUCGGCAGUAUAGGUACUUGGUAAACAAAGUUAUUGUAAGUUGAAUAUAUAGCGUCCUUAUGUUUACUUUUCUGACUAUUGAAAUGUAUUUGAUUUUCUUGUUUUGUCAUGCGCUAAGGGUUAAACAUAAUACAGCAUAAAUGUUUUAAAACAAACUUGACCUACAUUUGUUUUAAUUUUUACAUAAUGUUUUUGUUUGUUUUGUUUGUUUUGUGUUUAACGCCGUUUUUCAACAAUAUUUCAGUAUAAUUAUAUUUAUAUUUCUGUAAUGAAUAAGAACAUGUCAGCUCCAUUUAAACUGAAGCGUUUGUAUUUGUUGUCAGUGUUAUUGAUAAUUUAGCAAAUGUAUAUCUAUAGACUGAAUUGUUGGCUUUAAAUAGAAAAAGACGCAUGACCUUAUUUCUUGUAAUCAUUUCCAAUUUCUAUUUGAUAAUAGUGACGUAUUGGUCGCCAAAUCAAUGUAAAACGUAGACAGGAGCGAUAUAACUUGUUAAGACGUUUGUUAAAGUUAUAACAUAAUAAAUUAUUUCUACCAACGUUGUUGUGUAUCCAGUCUUUCGGAGACUGGUAGAUAUUGAAUGGUAAAAGUGUUUUAAUUAUACAAUUUUCAUACGCUUUCAAUAAAUAUCGAUAACUCGAGCAGUCCGUCAUUUUGCACAAAUUAUAUCGCACAAGACAAGAAGACGGAAAGUAUACUAGUAGUCUUUCUGGUGAGUAAAGGAAAGGCAACACAACAAGCCUAGGUUGAAACGUUUAUUACGGUAUUGUACAGUGUUGCGUUAGGGCCAGCACAUGCUCCAUGUAUAACGCCAAGCGCGGAGGUAUGAUGGCGAAGCGCGAAGUUUUUAUCAGUGCGUCAUCGCUAGCGCCUAUAACCACUACGCUUCGAGUGAUCCCCUAUAAAUGUUAAGCGCGAACGGAUGAGUACGAAAAAAACAAACCGCGAAGUUGUGAACAAUCGGACUUCGUGCUUUGCGUUUUCCUAUAGAAACGAGAAGCGCGGAAGGACGAUGGCAAAGAUAUGAUGGCGAAGUUGAGAGCUUCACCAGCAUAGCUACGCCGCAGCUCAGUCUUGCUUCGCAUUUAUAAAGGGACAUACGAAACACGAAGUGAAAAGAUUAUACCAUCAAACUCCUCUAUUGUACAUUCGCGUUUCGUGAAGGUAUGACGGUAGAAGCUGCGCGCUUCGCCAGUGAACAUCAGCAGUGAUGAUGAUGAUGAUGAUGAUGUAACGUUCUUUAUCCUCGCCUGUGUGAAAAUGAAUUGCAUUUCGUUGACUGUGUAGUUAUAUUUCUUCUAAAUUUCUGCAUCUACGAGCGUACAUUAGUAGCCACCUACUCUUGAUGAAUCCUCUAAGUUCAUUUAGCUAUAUGGUUUCAUGUUUUUCUGUAUUUCAUCUGUUUGCUAAUGUCGAGAACGUCGACGUUUCUGUAAUUAAUUAUUUUAUGUGUAAGAAAUAAAUGUGUCAAUUGA